AUGUCCGCUGCAGCAGACGCGGUGUUUCACCGACGUAACAAACAGAUACAAGAUGCCAUUGAUUCCCAUAAUCUCAAACAAGCUCUGCAGCUGAUAGAUAAAAGGAUCAAGAAGGGCGAAGACACACGGUUUCUAAGAGCAUGGAAAGCGCACGUCCUGUAUCUACAUCCCGACCAGACGCAUUCUCAACAAGGCAUUGCCGCUACACUCGAAAUAUGCAAGCUCGAUCCCCCGACUACAGAUAUAGACACACUAGAUUUGUUGAAUUCAACUUUGAGACUUGUAAAGGGUCACGAAGAUACCGCAAGGAGCCUCUGGGAAAAGGCAGCAAAGGCAAAACCUCAAGAUCAUGAUAUUCAAUCUCAAUGGUUUACGAGGUCAUUUGACGGAGGGGAUUGGAAGUCUGCACAAAAGGCCGCCAUGAGUCUUCACGUCAACUUCCCCAAGCAACGCAAGUACUACUUGUGGGCGAUAUUCUUGUGCCACCUUCUAGCCGUCGAUUCUUCUUCUUCGGAUUCCGAACGCAAGUUGUUUGGCACCCUGGCGUACCGUAUGGUCUCCAAGGCCGCGGAAAAUGUCCCAGCUGAUCCUAAAGAGCUGUUGAGUCCUCCAAGAGCUAUCCAAACUGCCGAGGAGUUGUUGCUUCUCAUCAAAAUCUUCCAAUCGCAGGGUCAAAACGAUGAGAUCCUGAAAAUCCUCGAUAGCGAUAAUCUGGGUCUGAAUUCCCGCAUAGUCCAAAAUGACUGGUUCUUCAUUAGGGAGAAAUUGCUUGCGCUGGAGAGGGCAGAGAAAUGGCUAGAUGGUCAUCAGUAUGCGAUGGAGCUAUUGUCAAUGCCUGCUGAGGAUGAAGCAGCCAAGAAGCUCCUGCAGGAAAGAGAUGACUGGGGAGUUUGGAACCUUUUAUUGAUCUCUUUUAAGAAGAUUGAUAAAGAAGGGACUACCGAAGAAGUUGUAUCUUUUGUCCAGGAAUUUUCUAAGCGUUUCCCCAAGUCACGCAAUGCUCACCUGGCUUUGUUAGAAAUAUCGGCAUGGAAAAUGGGGCGUGGUGAGCUUACGCAGACUGACCACCUUGCUGCUUGUCGAAAAUAUUACGACUUCAAUGGUGGCAAGUUGUACUGUUUUGACGACAUACGCAAAUACGCAUCAUAUCUUGAUAAGACUCGGACCUCAGAGCUGGUCGAAUAUGUUAUAGAGAAAACGGCUGCUCAAAAGGAUGUUUCCAUUAUCAACGGCUUCAAGCUUGAAUACUGUUAUAGAACCUUCUCUGAAGACGGUUUCUCAGAAGGGGGAGUAGAGAGCUUUGUGUCACGUUGUCUCAAGGUUUAUCGUGACAUGAAAAAGGACAAUGCCACAGAAGGGGCCAUAGAGAACCAACCAAGGGAUGACCUUGGGCUGCUCGCUGUCAUGAGCCUUAUUCGACUGAACGACUACAAACAACCAACUGAUGACCAAGAAAGGACCCCUAGUUCCGAAGUGAUUCGUUCAGCAGCUUUAUUAGAACAUUUCUGUCAGCACUCGCCCCACAACUACCAAAUCCUGCUCCUUCUUGUUAGAAUAUAUCUUCUUCUCGGUGCGGGCUCGAUUGCUAUGAAGACAUUUAGCAAGCUUUCCGUGAAACAGAUCCAAAAUGAAACCGUUGCACACAAUCUGUAUACUCGUCUUGCCACAAUCCAUCCACACGGUGCACCGCCCAUUGAAGCCGAGUAUAAAGAUUUCAUUCCUGAAGCCGCCCUUACUCAGGCAAUCAACUUCUACGAGAGUGCUGAUCGGACGACGACGAGACAGCUAAAUACCGGGCUGAACCUCGGAAGUUAUGUGAAUGUUGAAGGCACUAUUGAGCUACAAAACAGCUUGAAGAAUAGUAUCUGUAAGCGGAUGUGGGCUCUUGAAGCACGGCGUAUCGACAGGAUAAAUGGAAAAGAUCGAACCGAUCGUUACGCAGGUAUUGCUUCGGACGAGUCUGAGCUGGUUGACAAGCGCACUUUUGACGCCUUUAUGAAUUGCGAGCCGCUUGGGGCGCCAUCCUUUGAGGAAAAAUUGCGACUGGGACCCUUGCCAAAGGAAUCGUGGAUAAAAGCUGUUCGCGUGAUUGAUCGGAUUUGGGUGUUCAAUCACCAACUGUUAUCACAGAAGCCGAUCAAAGUAGACGCCACGCUAUCUGAGCUUGAAAGUCUAACAUUGUCUGAAAAGGACAUUGGUGAUAUGACGUCAACUGAGAAGAAGAACCUCGAGCUUCAUCACAUUCUACUAAAAGCUAUACUGUUACUCUCCGACUCUAACUCAGUUCCGGGCCAAGACAUCAACAAGGUUUUUAAGCAGAUGGAAGAAUGGGUCUUGACCACUUUGCAGUCUAUCUCAGAUGGUACUAUGAGCUUCAACGAGACAUCAAUCGCCCUGCCAUCUUCAGACAACAGCAAACGAUCCGUGCCAUCAUGGCACUAUCUCCACAGCAGCUUCUCGCUUCUAGAGACGGCGAAGGUGCUAUCAGCGACAAUAUCAGCGGCAGAAACAUCCGCAAAGAGAUUGCCAAAGACGGGUGCUAAGCCGUCCAAGGAAGCCGUUCAAGGUCUGAAGGGACUUGUUACUAAGCUUCAAGAUACAGUAAAGUCUAAUACUCGCACUUUGAGGUCGAAUGUUAUGGGAUCUGGUGUACUUGGAGCAUUAACCGAUCUGAUAUUUCAACAGAGCGAACAAACCAAUGGCAACGCCAGCAAUGAGCUUCGCGGAGAGUUGGAAGAGACUUUGGACCCCAGCGACGUGGAGAUCUUCUGCGGUGACCUCAUGGAAAGUUGGGAAGAGGGGCUUGGAGGAAUAUUAUCAGUCAAAUAA